CUGGGGGGGGGGGGGGGGGGGGGGGGCGAGGAUUCAACUCUCGACACCGACGAAUGAAGGAUUGAUGCUGUGCUGUCUUUCCCAGCGGGGAGUUGCCUUUGGGGGUCCUUUGAGCGUGGAGGAGGAGGAGGAGGAGGAGGGCUGAGCAGCCGCCCUGCCUACGUCAGCUGGAGCCCCUCACCCUGCCUUAGGGUGGGCAGCCCGAGUGCUUCGCCAAGCCUUCUUUUCCCGGGGACCCAUUUUCACAGGCCCUGCCUGGAUGAGGAAGGCCAGGAAGGCGCCGUUGACUUUCUUAGGGUUGGCACCACCUGCGGAGAGGCUGCCUGGAGCGGUUAAGGACCAGCGGUCUCCCAAAUUUGUGGAAGAUGCACUUUGACCCGCCCGGUUGCCUCCGUCCUCUGGCAAGACUCCUCUGAAGCGUUGCCCUUGGGGGCAGAGAGAGAGAGAGAGAGAGAGAGAGAGAGCGGCUCUUUUGGCCCCCUCGCCUCACCUGUCCCGGCCCCGCAAACCCAUCCCUUCCAAAUGCUUUUCCCCGCGAGUCUCAGGUGAGCCCCUGCCUUUGGCCGAGCAUGGCCGACCACCCGGAGCUGCUGGCUGAGAUGUCGGCGGUCGCCCGGAUGGGCACCCAGGAGCGGCUCAAGCACGCCCAGAAGCGCCGCGCCCAGCAGCUGAAGAAGUGGGCGCAGUUUGAGAAGGACGCGCAGGGCAAGAGGGCGAAAGGGGAGAAGAAGAGGCGCAGGGCCGCCCAGGAGAGGAAGGUGGCCUUUCCGGAAAACGUCCAGCUUUUGGAGGCUGCCAGCCGCAACGAUGUGGAGGAAGGUAAGGUGGGGGGAGGACAUCUUCUUCCACGGGGGGUGGAGUUGAGGCGGGUUUGCUCCAAGAGUUUCCCCGGAGUUGUGCACCUUCCCCUGGUCGGAUCAGUUGCCUUUGGGCCUGGUGGAGACGCUUGGACGGAAGAAAUGGAGCCA